AUGUUUAACGGGACUCGAAUUAGACAUCUGGAUCUCUAUACGUGUAACGAGCGCUACCUCGAGAGUCAUGAAACCCCCAUUUCCGCAUCCAGCAAUCCAGACGAGUUCCUGCAUUCGCCUCCGCCAUUGGAGAUAUUUUUCAAAGACCACACCUUUGUUUUCCCAACUGCGGCUAUGGCGCUGGCUCUUGUGUCAAGCGUCGCCUCAAUGGUCAGACCACGCUCGCCGUUGGCAAGCCUCAAACAUCUCCAGAUGUCCUUUCGCGUCACUCCAUAUGUGGCUAUGGUACGCGAUCUUCUACUCGACUCUUUUAAUUCUUUGGAAUCACUCAGGCUGCCACUCGGUGACCCCAACAUAUCGGUAUAUCCUAUCGGCCCCGUAUUGGAAAAUAUACCGAAACUCAAACUCAUCUUCGUCGGCAUUUCCCCACCGCUGGUUAUAUCAACUCCAAUUAAACCGGUCCAGGCACCAUCAGUAUAA